CAAAUAUAAUAUAAUACGACACAAAGAAAACAAUGCAAUAUCAAAACAAUGCUGCCAGUAUUCAUGUGAAGUUGGCUGCGUUCAAUCUAUAACCAAUGUGGCAGCACUGUUAAGGCUCGAUUUAUUUUUUGUUUCUGGGACAGACCCUAUGGACAAAAUCAGUAUAUAGCUGCAUUUUUUGCAUCACUUGGCGCACUAAGUGCAGGUGCCACGGUGGGUUGGUCAGCGCCGGCACAGCGCGAUGUUACGGAUAAAAAAAUGUAUGGCUUUGCAGUGACUCUUAGUGAAUACGCCUGGGUUUGCGCUCUGUCCAGUUUGGGCUCCAGCUUAAUAGCAAUACCAGCAGGACCAUUGGCCAAUUGUAUGGGCCGCAAGCUAAUUACGUUGUUGAUGGUGCCACCAUAUUUGGCAGGAUGGGCACUUUUAAUAUUUGCUAAAGAUCUGUAUAUGCUAAUGGCAGCGCGCUUCUUGCAAGGAUUCUGCGGUGGUUGCUAUUUUAUAACGAUACCCAUGUACUGCUCAGAAGUUGCCCAAGUGGAAGUAAAAGGAUACCUUGGCAAUUUCUUUAUGGUUUUCUUUGUGCUGGGCAUCGUUUAUGCAUAUAUAAUGGGCGCCUUUUUUGACUAUCGUUAUUUGAAUUACGGUUGCGCCAUAUUGCCAGCAAUAUUUCUGCUGACCUUCAUCUGGAUGCCGGAGUCGCCAGUGUAUUAUUUGCUCAAGAAUAGAAAGAAUAAGGCGUUACGAUCGCUACGGUGGUUGCGCGGGGACAGUUUUAACGCUUUUUCCGAAAUUAAUCGCAUGGAGCAGGAUAUGGUAAAAUUGCGGGAGGACUAUGAAAAUACCUGGCGAAAAUUAAGACACAAGGCGACAUUCAAGGGAUUAUUUAUUUGCAUCCCACUAACGUUUUUCCAGCAUUUUUGUGGCAGCAAGGCUAUCAUUACCUAUGCCACAUUCAUUCUCAUUGAGGCAGACAUGGGCCUCCAAUGGAAUGUCGAACUGUGCACUAUUUUUGUGGGUAUAUCCUUUUUGCUGUCUACCAUAUUGUCCCUGCUCGAGUGUGCUGGUCGUCGGCCGUUGUUGAUUUGGUCUGUGUUUUUAGUCAUACUCAAUUGUACACUCCACGCAAUGUACUUUAAUCUUAGGGAUAACAAAGUAGACUAUUUGCAUUCCCUGAAGUGGUUGCCCCUGUUCAGCAUGUGCUGCUUCACAUUCUUCUUUGGUUUGGGCCAGGGCGUUCUGCCCUUUGUCAUAAUAAGGGAUAUAUUUAGAGAGAAUGUUGAAGUUGUUGGCUCUGGCAUUGUGUGGACCAUUGCUCACUUUUUUGGAUUUCUCAGCACUAAAAGCUUUCCCAUGACACUGGAAGCCUGGGGCAUGGCAAUAUCCUUUUGGUCUUUUGUAGCUAUUUCAUGUUUGUCCUUGCUGUUUGUGUAUUUCUUUGUGCCCGAGACUAAGGGCAAGACAUAUGAGGAAAUUCACAGUAUGUUGGAUUCUAAGACUGUACAAUAAAUAUAUGUUCUGUUCAGAA